UGAUGAUAGCCUCUUCGUGUACGAUUGUAUGAAUGCGGGGAAGAAGACCUUAGGAAAUAAAGGGCAGGAUGGAAAACCAACAGAUAAAGGAAGUGAUGACAUCCUAGCUUUUGCCUUCUCCCCGUCAGGAGAUUAUUUUGUCUUGACAGAUGACAGCAAACGUCUGAUUCUGUUCCAUACGAAGCCUUCCUGGGAAUGUGUUAGCGUCAGGUCCGUGAACAGGAGAUGCACGUCCCUGGUUAUUACAGCUGCAGAGGAUAAGAUUCUGGUUGCAGACAAGUCUGGUGAUGUCUAUUCUUACUCAAUAACUGAACCUCAAGCAGAGGGAAAAUUUGAGCUGGGUCACUUGUCUCUGCUAUUGGAUGUGGCACUGAGUCCUGAUGACCAGUAUAUCCUAACUGCAGACAGAGAUGAGAAGAUCAGAGUCAGCUUGGCAAAGGCUCCUUAUAGUAUUGAAUCCUACUGUCUGGGACAUAAAGAGUUUGUAAGCAAAAUACUUGUAAUACCCAACUAUCCUGAUCUGCUGUUAUCAGCUUCUGGGGACUCGACUCUGAGACUUUGGGAGUACAAAAGCGGGGAAGAAGUGUACUGCUGUCAUCUAAGUAGCAUCUGUGGGCCUGAGACAACCAAAACUGACCAGAAAUACCCUGUGUCAAGGAUAACCUACUGCUGUCAAGGUGGUUACGUUGCUAUUCUAUGUGACUGUAUUCCCACAGUCUACGUGUUUCAGCUUGAUGCCGUUGCCCAGCAGCUAGAUUAUAGGCAGCAAAUCUCUUUGCAACAUAAAGUUUGGGACAUUGCAUUUGAGGAAACGGGAGACCUAUGGAUUUUGGAGGAAGACCGUGAAGCUCCUCUUCAAUUGUACAGACCGUGUGAUGGACAGUGGAAGCCUGUAACUGAUGACAAAGGAUUACAGAAGGUGUCAAAACAUAUUCAAGACAAUUGGACAGCAUUUGAAGGUUUUGUUGGCGCAGAGAGCCGCUACAGCAGUCUCUACAAGGCUUCAUUUGAUAACAUGGCGGCCUACCUACAGAGGAAAGAGGAAAGGUCACAGCAGCAGAAAAAGAAAAGGCAGGGUCUGCAGCGUGGUUCAAACGGACAAACAAAAAAGGUGAAGACUGAAGAGUCAUCACUAUGA